AUGGCGACAUUUGCAGACGAAGUGCUUCGCGAUCCGCAUGUUGCAGAAGUAGCCGCGGCACUGGGCGAUUCGUCGUGCGAAGUUCGGGCCGACGCGCUCCAGCAUCUGUUAGGCCUAGAAAGGCCUGAGCUCGCACCGUAUGCAGAGGCAGUGUUGCCUCUGGUCGCAGACCCUGCCUCCGAUGUGAGACGGCUAGCGUGCGAAGUCAUACAGAAACUGGAGGUCCCAGUUUUGCAGAACCUGAAGGAUGCCCCAGUAGAUUCUCGGAUGUCGUUUCUCCGUAAUGGCAAAGCUUGGAAGUGCCUCUGUGCAUCUGGAUCGAUGCCCGCACCGCCACAAGCACCUCCCCAUCCCGCAGCUUUCAUGCAAGAUCCUCGAAAACGAUGCGAAGGCGAAGAUUCUUGGCCUCCGCCACCGGCGUGUGGCUUCGACACGCCCGAUACACUCAGACAUCGCCAGAUACUGGUACAAGAGGAUGGCAGGUUACAAGGUUUACACCUUGAACCAGUUGACUGGCAGGGAACCUUCAUGCAUGCUCCGGCAGACCUGUGGGAGAUUGCCAAGAACGAGGCGAAAGAGAGCCGUUGGUAUCACUGGAAAGUGAGGGACGCCCUUGCAUUUACAACACGUGAUUUUCAGGGAACGGCUCUGGUUCGGCUUCUCACGGACUCGGAGGUGGCUGUGCGUGCGGAUGCACUAGUCGCGCUCAGACGGCUUCCGUCCGAUCUCUGGGCACACCACACACGUCGCGUGAUUCAGAGCUUGAGAGAUCCGAUAGCGGAGGUCCGGCUGGCCGCGCUGUGUGCCCUCCAAAGGUUGGGCUCUGCCGAGCUGGCUUUUCAGGCUCCACACUUGGUGCCAAGUCUGCAUGAUGAAGACGCAGAAGUCCGAGCCGCUGCUCUGUUGACCUUGCGGUAUCUGAAGCCAGACCAGCUGGAACGGUGGGCAGAGCAGGUGCUACGCUGCAAGCUGGAUCCCAGUGUCGAGGUACGAGAGGCUGCUCAACGAGCGGUGGAGAGGCUCUCGCCAAGCACCAUGGCAGAUUUGGCCUGUGCCGGCCUGCCGAAGGACGGCAUCUUCAGGUCUUACCAGCAGGAUGUGCUCCACUUCGCUCCGCUGCGCGAUCUGCUCUUGCUGGGUCAGUUCUUCUACAUGCAUCCGUUUCGGCAGAACGAAGACUCCUUCACGGUGAAGGCCGUGGGGAUCGGCAGCAGCCUUGCCGUGCAUGCGGCAUCCUCGGCACCAAACGCCGAUUUGCUGGAAACGAAGCUUAGCGUGAGCCAGGAUGCCGUCGACAAUGAUCCGGUCUCUGUCGCUGCUCGGGCAAAGGCCUGGCAAGAGAAAGUUGCAGUCGGCGUGGCGCAGAGGCUGCUCAGCAGACACAACUCGACAGCCCGGCUGGGGACAGCAUUGGAGGCAGCGCCCUCCGAGAAGGCCGGCACCAAGCGCCCGGCUCCCGAGGAGCCUCGGCGGGAAUCCCCUCGGCACGCACACUCGCACUGGCACAGCCGGAUUCACUCGCAGUUUUGGCCCGAGAUUACGCCGCCUGCCUUGCCAAUGCGUCCACGAGAGACCGGCAAUAACGCAUGGACAGCAGAACUUGUGAGUUCAGGUCCCUGGGCCCCAGAAUGCAGCUUGCGCAGAGUUGCGUCCAGAAUGCCACCAGCGCAAUCUCCGCAGCUGAUGCAGCUUCUGUUGCUCCUGGUGCUCGCGGGACUAUCUUGGGCACAAGACGUUCAGAUGUGUGAAAAUAUUCGAGAUGAUUUGGGCGCAGCAUCCUGUGCCCAAGUGCUGGAACCAAAUGCAAAAGGCUUCCGGCUCACUGGAACCAUGAGCGAUCCGCUGAGGUUUGCCGGCCUGGGUUUCGAUGACAACAUUGCAGGCGGCGAAACGCCUGGAGCUCUAAAUGUAUGCAUGUUGGCAGCAUUUGGCGAUGGUGGUGUCAUCCCGGCCGCCUGCGUGCCAACAGUCGGAACCACUGCUGACCAAUGGGAUGGAGUGCCGGAGAUGCACUACUUUGGUAUGAUAGGCUUUGAUUGCAGCUUCAACCACGCCGCCUACGCGGUGGGUGAAACCAUUGACUGGAAUUACCCUACGGGGAAUACUUGUGUCGGUGAUGGGGACCUGGAUGUGGGACUGACGUCUAUCAAAUGUAUGUUCGAGUCAGCCUGCGAGCUGGGGACUACAACGACUACGAUGGCAGUUGUCACAUCCACGACCUUGACAACCACUCAGACUCAGUCUACGACCUUGACAGCCACUCAAUCUUCGACAUUGACAACCACUCAGUCUACAGUUUCAACAAGCAUGACAAGUUCGAGUGCAACGAACACAGUGACAACGACUGCGGUGACAACCACUCGAAGUUCCACCAUCACAGCGACCUACACUGCUUCCACCCGCACUACUACAACUACAGGUACCGGCACCUACACAACUGCAACCACCACAUACACAACUGCAACAGUUACCAGCAGCACCAGGUCCAUCACUACGAGCAAAACUACGACGAGUGCGACAGCUUCCAUCACUCAGACUCGAACAGCCGUAUCAACCACUCAUACCAGCGUUACCACGUCCUUGACGCGAACCUCUGCCACCACCUCCAUCAGCACCACUACACUGACAACGCUUACUGCUUCCACCACCUUUACGGCUACCUCCAUCAGCACCACUACGCUGACAACGCUUACUGCUUCCACCACCUUUACGGCUACCUCCAUCAGCACCACUACGCUGACAACGCUUCCUGCUUCCACCACCUUUACGGCUACAAGUGUAACCGUUACCGAAACAAUCACCAAAACAGCUACUGGCACUGCCACAGGCACCGUCACCACUGAAACCUUGACGGCUACGGCUGUGACCUCCACUGGCACUGACACCAGCACCGCGACGAGCACUGGUAGCCCCGCUGUCAACAUCACGGGGCGUUUCUGCCCGGAGUCACCCAUGAUUGCAAACAGCGCCAGUUUGGGUCACUGCGCUGGAACACCUCACAAUGGCGUCUGCGAUGUGGAGUGCUCUGAUGGAUUCACCAGACCCGGACUUGCAGAUGUCGUCCUUGCACUUUGUCAUGAGGGACGCUGGCGAAUCCGAGGCGAAUGCACACCAGAGGGUACGAAUGUCACGCAAUCGGGUGCGGCCCAAGUCCUGCUUGAUGUCUCCCUGGACCUUCCGGAGCUUAGCAACUUCAGCGAUGGCUAUUACUGGGCGCGAGCACAUGAAACAGCUUUGUAUUGGGCAUUUGCCAAAACGCUCGGGGUGCAUCCAGCAGAACUGCGCAUCGAACUUCUCCAAGCGCGCGGGUCGGCACGUCGACUGCUGCUCUCAUUGUUGCACGUGGCCUUCACAGUUCGUCUUACGAUGCUGCUGCAGGUGAAUGUAUCCCGAGCUGCGAUGGAGCAGGCUGCUCAGGAGCUUGCAGACCUGUCUUCCGUUCCCAAAAUGGCCGUGUUUGAGGCUGCCCUCCUGGAGGAGCUUGACGUCUCCAACCAGACAAAUGGCAGCAUCUCUGCUGCCUCCUCGGUCACGGAUGUGAUGAUGCUCGAUGACUACACGCUGGCUCAGCCAUCGUGGUACGUUUCAAAUUGGGAUAUGUCUGGUUGUGACGACUGUGCCAGCGGCGCUGGCGGUGCUGGCCAACAGGUCGGUGAGGUGCUCUGCAGUCGUGGGCUCCGCUUGGCAUGUGAAGGUCCCAUGCAGUCCAUGGCCGGUCCGCAGCCGUCCGCCACGCGAAGCUGUCCGCCCUGCCCUUCCCAG